AUGUACGAUUCAGCCGCUUGCUCACAAGGAUCCGCUGUGCUCUUCAUUCGUUCUGCCCAUUCUCGCGACCAAAAAGGCAAGAUUGUGAAUACGGUCAGUAAUAUCAGUGAAGAUGAUUGUCUCUUCUCGUGCCUGACUAAUAAGGUAGCUGACUCGCAUACAGUACAAUGCGCUUCCGCCGAGUACGACGAGAACGGAGGGCGUUGCUCGUUGAGCUCUGAGCCAAGAACGAACGAGCUCACCAAACAUGAAUCGACAACAUUGUAUGAGAAAAUAUGCGUUACAGGUUACAUGCAUGACACUGCCACUACCGUUUCCAUCGAAGAAUGUAUCGAACGAUGUGUACGGUCUGAAAUCAUGCUUGGAUUCCAAUGUUUAUCGAUUAUGUACUACUAUGAGGAAACGGUAUUGAACUGCAUACUGAAUGACGCCAGUGUUCGAACAAAUCCUGAAUCUGUGACGGACGUAAAUUCAACAGUCGUCGACUAUUUUGGUAUUGACGACUGCUAUGGAUUACCGGAGGCAAUAGACGACCGUCAGAACUUCCUCAGAAAUCCUCCACCUCCUGUUGAUAACACCAUCGCAGCUGAACAAGAGCAAAGAAAAGCACCCGAAGUGAAGAGAGAAAUUCGUCUUCAAUACAGCUCAGGAACCAUACGACAUCAACGAUAG